AUGGCGUACCAGACCUUCCGGCAGGAAUACAUGCAGAUCCCCCCUGUCACCAGAGCCUACACCACAGCAUGUGUGCUCACCACGGCCGUAGUGGUAAGCAUGGGGAGCGGGGGGCUGGGAGCCGGCUGCCUGGUCAGUGUCUGUGCUGGGACAGCUUAGUGCAAUGCCGGGCUGGGGAACCUCCUACACUCAGUACAAUACAAUACAAUAUAAUAUAAUACAAUACAAUAUAAUACAAUACAAUAUAAUACAAUACAAUAUAAUACAAUAUAAUAUAAUACAAUAUAAUACAAUACAAUACAAUACAAUAUAAUACAAUAUAAUAUAAUACAAUAUAAUACAAUACAAUAUAAUACAAUACAAUAUAAUACAAUACAAUAUAAUACAAUAUAAUACAAUACAAUAUAAUACAAUAUAAUACAAUACAAUAUAAUACAAUAUAAUAUAAUAGGAUGGCUCUGCUCUCUGUCAGCAUGAGAGUGGGCCACAGGUUAACGUGUGUGUGUGUGUAUGAUUCGUGUGUGUGUGUGCGUGUAUGAUUCGUGUGUGUGUGUGUGUAUGAUUUGUGUGUGUGUGUGUGUAUGAUUUGUGUGUGUGUGUGUAUGAUUCGUGUGUGUGUGUAUGAUUCGUGUGUGUGUGUGUAUGAUUCGUGUGUGUGUGUGUGUGUGUGUAUGAUUCGUGUGUGUGUGUGUGUGUAUUCAUGUAGUCUGACACACUGUCUGUGAUGACAUGCCAGGCUCCCCACACAGGGCACACUAGUCACAUUGCCCGCUGGGCACUGAGUGGGUGCAGACAGUCUGGUUAAAUGGCUAAUUUGCCCCCUGACAGGGCACUGUUGGCCUCUACCUGUCUGAAAGGACACGUCAUGGUCUGUUAAACACAGUGCAGCCCUCCAUGAUAGCAAGUUUUACUGUCUGUGUGCAUACUAUUCCAUAUAGGCUAUAUGUGCUUGAUGAGGGUGUUGAUAUUUGGGGGGGGGAGGCAAAACCCGUGUGACAGAGAAAAUAUAGUAUUUAGACCAUAAAAUAGAGAAAAGGCAAAAAUCAUAGAAACACACCCAAGUUGUUGGGUUUUUUUUUUUUUUUCUUUUGUGGUCCAAUUUCUACUGAAAGUCACACUAUUUAUUGGUAUUAUAAUUAUGAACCUUCUUUUGGCACAUAAUCAUCUUGCAAAACAAAAACUAACUCAUUAAAAACAGCUGUUCCAUCUAAAUCUCUAUGCUAAUAUGGGAAACAUGCAAAAAUAGACAAGAUACUUUUUGUAUCCUUUAACCCCUUAAGGACCAAACUUCUGGAAUAAAAGAGAAUCAUGACAUGACACAUGUCAUGUGUCCCUAAGGGGUUAAACUGCAGAGAGCUGGAAACUUUAUGCCACAAAUUGAGCUUUUAUAAUUGCUGAAGCUAUGAUUUAUCCAAUUGGCUGUUAGGCUUACAACUUAAAAUUCACUGGUAAAUGAUUUUCGGUUUAAUCAUAAAUAACCUUGACAAAGUUCCAAAGACACAGAGAGUAGCAUUUUUUUUUUUUUUUUUUAAUAUGAGGGUGAUAAAACCUAUUAAUGACCUACAAUUAAAAACCUUGCCAAGGUCAUAAAAAUGCCAUGCACAUACUUGACUAUCAAUGAAGCAAAAUAUAAUUAUACACGCAAGUGUUGUCUCAUAUUAUUGGGGAAGGCCACAUUCCAUCCUGAAUCAUAGAUGUGAUAAUUCAUUGAAAAUAUGUCUUAAUUAGUUACAAUACAAUGCAUAUAUUAUAAAAUAAUGAUUUUAGUGUGUUAUGCAGAUAUAUAAUCUCAAUCCAUAUUUUAUCAAUCUGAUAUAUAUGCACACACAAACUGGGGGAAAAGAAAGUACACCCUCUUUGAAUUCUAUAGUUUUACAUAUCAGGACAUGACUAAUCAUUUGUUCCUUAAUAUGUCUUAAAGUUAUGUAAAAACUACCUCAGAUAUGAACAGUGUCAUGAUUUAUUUAUAAAAAAUAAAGUCAAAUUGGAGACGCUGUGUGUGUACACCUUGUGAUGUAAUAGUUUGUAGAACCAACUUUAGCAGCAAUAACUUAAAGCCCUCAUUUUCUGUUUGACUUUAUUAGUGUCUCACAUCGUUGUGCAGGAAUUUUUACUAUCUCUUCAUUACAAAGUUGCUUCAGAUCAUUGAGGUUUGCUGGCAUUUGUUUAUGCAUAGCUCUCUUAAGGUCCAGCCACAGCAUUUCAGUCGGGUUGGGAUCAGGAAUUUGACUGGACCAUUGCAACACUGAUUAUUAUUAUUUAUUUUUUUUUUUGCAAUUCGGUUGUAAAUUUGCUGCUGUACUUGGGAUCCUUGUUCUGUUACAUGACCCAAUUUUCGUCAAUCUUUCGCUGUCAGAUAGAUGGCCUCACAUGUGACUCUAGAAUACUUUGGUAUACAGAGGAAAUGCAUGGAUGACUUAAUGACUGCAAGGUUCCCAGGUCCUGUGGCUGCAAAACAAACCCAAGUCAUCACCCUUCCACCGCUGUCAUUGACAGUUGGUAUGAGGUGUUUGUGCUGAUGUGCUGUUUGUUUUUCGCAAAAUAGGAUUCUGUGCAUUAUGGCCAAAGAUUUCAACUUUGAUCUCGUCUUUCCAAAUUACAUUGUUCCAGAAGUCUUGUGGUUUGUUCAAAUGCAAGUUUGCAACCGUAAGCCGUGCUGCAAUAUUCUUUAUAGGGAGAAUAAAAACUUUCUCUUGACUAUCCUUAAAAACAAACCAUACAUGUUCAUAAUUUUUCUAGUUGUUCUGUCAUGAAGUUGAGCAUUUAACAGGCUAACUUAGGCUCGUAGAGUCUGAGAUGUAACUCUUGGUUGUUUUUUUUUGCAAUUUAUCUAAACAUUGCACGGUCUGACCCUGGGGUGAAUGUGCUGGGACAUCCACUCCUGGGAAAAUUGGUAACUGUCUUGAAUGUUUUCAACAUUUGCAUAAUCUUUCUCACAGUAGAAUGACGAACGUUAAAUGUUUCGAAAUGGCUAUGUAACUCUUCCCAGUUUGAUAGGCAGUAGCAAUUGCUUCCCUAUAAUCAUUGCUGAUGCCUUUCCUCCUUGACAUUGUGUUAUCACACACCUGAAUGCUACAGACCAGCAAACUGCUAAAACUUCAACUUUUAUAGAGGUUGUCACAUUUACUGAUGUUCAGUUAAUCAAUGGCAAUUUAUUGGCAGCACCUUUCUACUAAUUAUCCUCUUAAAGUGGCACUGUCACGCUGAACCUACCUUUCACCUAUCUCUUCCUCUUCUCUCCAUCUCUCAGAAUUUGUUCUUUUCUUUAUUUCUGCUCUAGUUUUCUUUAAAAUAUAAGACAAAGUAGGGACUGAAUCUAUAUGGACAAAAGUAUUGGGGGACACCUCUCAAUUGUGGAAUUAAGGUGUUCCAAUCCAUUUCAUUGCUACAGAUGUAUAAAAACAAGCACCUAUCCAUGCAGUCUGCCUUUACAAUCAUUUGUGGGGGGAAAUGGGUUGUUCAAAAGAGCAUAGUGAAUUCCUGCAAGAUUGUGAAAUUUCAGUCAUCUUGAAGUGGUAUUAUUGUAAAGUGAUAGCAUUUAGGAACAGCAGAACUUUGGCCACGUAAAGUCACAGUGCUGAGGUGCAUGAUGCAUAAAAGUCACCAACACUGAUUCCGUAGCUGAAGAGUUGCAAACUUCCACUGGCAUUAAUAUCAGCACAAAUACUCUGCAGCGGGAGCUGCAUGGAAUGGGUUUCCAUAGCCAAGCAGAUGCAUGAAGUAGAAUGACAAGCAUCAAAUCGAGUGGCGUAAAUUAUGCUGCCACUGAACUCCUGGAGCAGUGGAAAUGCUCCUGUUAGGCAGUUUUGAUGGGCGAGUCUGGCUGUGACGGAUGCCGGGAGAACGUUGCCUGUCUGCAUUGUGCCCACUUUAAAGGACCACGUUUAUGUUUCCUGGCACUAUGGGGUCCCCCUUCCGUCAGGCUCUAGGGGGAGGAAGGGGUUAAACACAUACCUUUUCUCCACCGCCGGGGGCUCUCCGCCUCCUUUCCCCGUCGUCAGCUGAAUGCGCAUGCACGGCAAAAGCGCGCACGCGCAUUCAGCCAGUCCAUAGGAAAGCAUUCACUGAAUGCUUUCAUACGGACGCUGGCGUCUUCUCACUGUGAAAAUCAAAGUGGGAAGCGCCUCUAGCGGCUGUCAAUGAGACAGCCACUAGAGGCUGGAUUAACUCAUAGGUAAACAUAGCAGUUUCUCUGAAACUGCUAUGUUUACAGCAGAAAGGGUUAAUCCUAGAUGGACCUGGCACCCAGACCACUUCAUUAAGCUGAAGUGGUCUGGGUGCCUAUAGUGGCCCUUUAAGGUGGAUAAUGGUAUGGGGCUGUUUAUCAGGCGUUAGGUUAGACCCCAUGCUUCCAGUAAAGGGAAAUCUUCAUGCUUCACCAUAUCAAGACAUUUUGGACAAUGCUUUGUGGAACCAGUUGAACCAGUUUGGGGAAGGCCUCCCUCCCCCUAACUCUGCUGUUUUUGCUUACAUAUUUGCUGAUUCUCAAACCACAGCAGUCCAAUUUUUUUUUUUUUUUGGUAGAUAUAAAUGAGGUAUGGGGUGGCAGUACUUUCUCAAAGUCUUCAUAUACUUGUGUUCUCAUACCAAUUAUUUUAAGGUAGAAUCCGUUAUAUUCUUUUAGACUUUUUUUAUUUAUUUUUUAUUUGCUGUUUUGUUUUUUGUGCACAAGCUUUAUUCCCCUUUCUCUUCUUCAAGAUGCCACUUGCUUUAUCUAUUAACCUUAUUUCUCCCUGAGUCAGCAUUUAAAAUAAAUAGUAGAAUUUGGUCACCUACAUUCUUCUUCAAAAUGAUUCUGUUUUAAAAGUCUAAUUUAUGCAUUUAAAAUGAUUCCAAUUUGUGUGUGUCGUGUGUUGUUUUUUUGGUUUGGUGUGCAGCUAUUUAUUUAGCCUGUUAGUAUAUCAUUAAAAUGCUUGCAAACAGCAUUUAAGUACUCUACUUAAAUAGUCAUAAAGAUUUUAUUUAUUUUUUCUUUCAUUCAUUCAGCAAUUAGAACUCAUUACACCGUUUCAACUGUACUUCAACCCAGACUUGAUAUUUAGGCAUUACCAGGUAAGCAUUCUUUUCAAUUUCUUCUUUCAGCACCAAUGAAUCCUUUAUUCUGAUAAACCAUUGUGUUCAAAAGAGUGGUGUGGAUUUAACCAGAAACUAAGUGUUCAAAACUCAUACUGACAAUUGGCCUGUGGCCUGGCAAAUAAAAAUGUGGUCCUACCUAGUGUGUCAUGGCAGUGGCAAGUAACUUUAAAGGCCUAGCUUGUAGUUUAGGACUUUAACUGUAAAGCAUUGUUGCAUCUUAAUUUACAGUUGUACAUAUAAAGUGUGUGUGUGUGUGUGUGUAUGUAUAUAUGUGUGUGUGUGUGUGUGUAUAUAUAUAUAUAUAUACAUACAUACAUACAUACAUACAUACACUGCAGGUUCCCAGUUUAAAUUUAAACAUCCAUAUUGUCGGCUUAGAGUGUAACUUUACAAGAUAAUCUUGGAGUUGUAAUGUCUGAAACAUACUGCCAUUUCUUGAACACAUUUAGGAGAAAGCUGAACUGUCGGUUGAUCUACAGAGUGUCAUGGAUCAAGUGAUAAGAAUUACUUUCAGGGAGUUUCCAUACAUGAGUUCAAAAGAUUAUAUAGACUGUCUUAUAUAUGAGAUACCUGGUUUUACUUCAUUUUCUUCAUGUAAAUGACUGCACGUUCAUAUACUUAAACGAACACUCCAGACCUCUAAUGUGCUUUAGCUUGUUAAGUGUUUUGUGUCUUAAGAGUAGUAUUUUAUUUUUUUCUUCUAAAAGUGCAGAUAUCAUCCGAAAUUGGCACAUUUUAUGAUUUAACCUUGUUUCACCCCUUUGCUGUCAAGCAACCAGCCUAUUUACUUCCUAAUUGUUAGCUCUGUAACAGCCACAUAAAGUCUGGAUUCUGUUAGAAGGGUGGAAGGCGUGCAAAGGCAGCAGACAAGAUAUCUACAACUAUUAUUUUUAUUUUAAUAUAUUAAAAUAUAUAUAUAUACACAUACCCACCCACCCACAAUGAAUAAUGCAUAAUUAAAUGCAUGCAUGGUCUCAAUGGGGGUGUGUCUAGUAACCAUAAUUUUAUUUUGAUCUGGACAGUGGAGUGUCCUUUUUAAAGAUAGUGUUAAGGUUUGUGUUUUGAGUUAGUUAGUGUUUUAGGACCAGAGGGAGUUAUUUAGGGUCAAGGACAGGGGUAGACAACCUUUGGCACUCCAGAUGUUAUGGAUUACAUCACCUUUGAUGCUUUGCCAGCAGUAUGACUAUAAGAGCAUUAUGGAAGAUGUAGUCCACAACAUCUAGUAUGCCAAUCGUUGCCUACCUCGGGUCUAGGGAUUGCACUCAAAGCCUUUAGCCCUAAUCAUUAGCAUGCAAAAUUAUUUAAUGUUUUUAUUUAAUUAUUUUAAUUAUUUAUAUGAAAUGGAUAUUCUACUUUUUACUUCCAUUUUUAAUUUAUUUAUUUUUUAAUUAUAAUAACAAUAUAAAAAAACUUUAAUUUGAUGUUACACUAUUCCUUUGAUCCACUUCCAUUUUCAGUAAAUGUGAUUUAUAGCAAUAUGAGUGACAAAGCCAGGAUUUUUUGCACAGAUCAAGAAAAGAUAAAUAUCUGAUUUGAUGAUAUCCAAAAGGAAUUGGCAAGUUUGCCCUAACCACACAUAUUUUCUUGCUAAAAAUAUAAGUGGUGCCAUGUAAAUGUCCUUUUAUAUUUGGCAACAUUGUGUAUAAUGUAUCUUCUGUCUCUAUUAUAUUUAAUUUUUUUACAGGUAUGGCGAUUAAUAACAAACUUCUUAUUUUUUGGAGCCGUUGGAUUCAAUUUUUUAUUUAAUAUGAUUUUUCUGUAUCCUUUUAAUGGAAUUGUUCUGAGCUAACAUUGUAAACCUCUUAUAAUCUUCUUUCUUCGCAUUUCUAAUGGAAAUACGAGUUUAUAAAUGGUCAAUUUAUCAGCUGUAGAAUACAAUUACCAUGGAUUCUCACUAAAUAUUUGUGACUUUCCUUUAUAAAAGAAAAGCUGUAGGCAUCAUAAACACUUUAAUGGAUUCGAGUGGUUAUAGUGCCUGGAGUCCUUGGGUGCCAGAUCCCACAUCACUGCUAAACAGUUUACUCACUGUUUAGGAGGGUUGCUCUGUCCCUGGCAGCCUGGUCUCCAGUGAUGAUAUGGUGAAGGUGUAAGGACUGGAUACUAGGGACUGCCGACACUCUCAGCCAAGCACCUCUGUUAUAGGGUGAAGUGGGACAUCACUCCAACAUUUUGUUAUUUGCGGCAAGGCUACAGGGGGCGGGGGCGGAGAUUCUCUGCUAAGAGGUGAAUAAACCAUAUAACAGUCAUGCAGAACCUGGUUACCAUGGACUCCAGGUACAAUAACCACUUCAAUCCAUUGAUUGCCCCACCCCUUUUAUUUUUUUAUUUUUUUUUACUUCAAUACUGCUGCAUCAAUAUUGGCUAGAAUGAAAAGACAUGGAGAGCAGGUCCCUUGCAAAUACCACUAUAAUUAUUUUGCUUGUUGUCUCAUUGAUGCAAUCUGUCUGAAGAAAAGUUUCCCCUGACAUCUUGGUUGUAGGAAGUACAUCUAAAUAUCAAUAACUUUUCCACAGUGGAAAUAUUUUAUAUAGUAUUUUCAGUUUGUAUUUGCUUAAAGGGACACUAUAGUUAUCAGAACAACUACAGCUAUUGCAGUUGUUCUGGUGUCUGCAGCCUGUCCCUGUAUGUUUUUUAAUGUAAACACUGCCUUUUCUCUGUCUGACAGUCACUCAGAUGACCACUAGAUGUGAUUCCUGGAUCAGUGCUGCACAUGCUCUGCAUAGAGGGCCGGGCUGUACGUUCGUCAUAGAGAUGCAUUGAUCCAAUGAGGAUAUGCUGAUUGGAGCAACAUUGCGUUUUGCCACACAUGCACAGUAGCUUCCAACUACUUUCCUAUGGGAAAGCAUUGGAUUGGCUGAGAUUGGAUCAGCAUGGCCAGCCACGACGUGACCCAUACUGAGCUGUAAUAAAGAUGAGUAAAAUCACCUUUUACUCUUCUGACAGGGGGGCAGCCACCUAAAAUUAAAACUAUAGUGUCAGUCAUACAUGUUUGUAUUCCUGACGCUAUAGUGUUCCUUUAAUUUAUUUUAAUAUUUGGAUUGUGUUUCUCUACUACAUCUGUACAUCUAAUUAAGCUUGACAUUUUUUCUUGUUUUAGAAAUGUUUUGUCUUUUAUAAGGGAGAUGUAUUCCUUAACAUGGGUGCUUUCUACAGAUAUCGAUACUGCAGGAUGCUUGAAGAAGGCUCCUUUAGAGGUCGAACUGCAGAUUUUGUAUUUAUGUUCCUGUUUGGUGGUCUUUUAAUGGCUGUAUCCUUUAUCAACCAGAAAUUGUGAUUUGAUAAGUUAAUUUACAUUUGUCAUUUUCUUGCAUGAACAGCAUGUUUCUGGAGAGAUGAGCUGCGCACUUUGUACAUAUAUAUUCUAAGUGUUACAGUUGUUUGUGCAAAGGUCUGUGUAUAAACACAAAAAUGUCUGGUUUUAUUUUUGGAGUAUAUUGUUUAAAUAACUAGACUAGAAGUAUUGUAUGCAUCUCACAAGAUGGGGCAUACAUUGAAGAAGCCUUUUUUUUUUUUGUGUCCUUUCCCAUAAAUCUCCUAAUCUGUCUUUAUCACAAAAAAAUGUUUUUGCUCCUCUGCUCAUGCUGCUGCUGCUCUUAAACUGAGCCUACCCCACCUUCUUUCCCUUAGGCCUAGUUCAAACAGGAGAAAUACCCAGAGGAAGGCAGAUAACAACAGACAUGCAGAGAGGGCAAGGGCUGUUUUUUUUAACCUCUGAUUUAAAAAAAAAAAAAAAAAAAUCUAGAAAUUUGCUAGCAAUUCUGCAAGCACAAUAUAGAGAUGAAUUUGAUUUUUUUUUAAGAUUAAAUUGUAUUUGUGCUAUCAGGUACCUUUAAAUAAAACUGUCUGUGCAAGUUAAAAGGGUACAUUGUGAGCAAUAGGUGAGACCAGAAGAGUCAGGGGGUUUAGUUUUGUCACUUUAAGCAAAGAUAUUGACUUUGACAUAUUGGGAAAGUGCAUCAUAAAUAUUCAUAAUUGUGCAAGUUUGAUGACUUUGGCUCCUUAGCCAAACAAUUACAUACAUUUUUUGGACUUAAGAUUUCCCUUGUAACGAACAGAUAUUAAUUUGGUUUUGACAUUGAUGCUUCCACUGAUUGCAAUAAUUUCAUUUUUGUUUGACAAAUGCUUUCUGGGUAAGGAGCCUUGCUUGGCAUUGUAAAUCUUUGCAGCAGUCCAUGAGGCUGAUUGGACCGUUUCCCAUUUAUGAAUGCAAGUAGAUUAUGGCAGACCUCAUCUCCUAGGAGAUUCCCCAGCAAGUGGGAAAACUUCUCAUUUUGACUAUUUUGGAAUUUCACUGAAGAGAUAAACUGAAUAAGGGUCUGAGUAGGGUCUACUUUGUUUAUUUCCUACGCCUGACACUCUAGACACUGGGCGGAGAUUCCGCUGUAUAGAAGUGUCAAACCCCCAGAUGUUAUCAGUGACGGCUGCAGGGAAUUGGCCCUGUCUAUGUAGACCUCCUAUGCUGUACUAAUAAAAUUUCAUAUAAGUAGAACUCCCCUUUUUGUUAUAUUUGAUAUAUUUUUUUAAUAUUUACAAUUGUGUUUUUUAGAAAUGUUAUCCAAAAAUAUUAAAUAAUUGAAGAAGCUUAUCCAAACAUAUUAAAUUAAGGCUAUAGUUAUAAAUGCUGCCCAGCACUGCUGUCAUUCUUUCCUUAAUGGGUUUUCCCCAGAUCUUUGGCCUGUUUGUCAGCUUAGUUUUCUUGGGCCAAGCGUUCACGAUAAUGCUUGUGUAUGUGUGGAGCAGAAGGAAUCCUUAUGUCCGGAUGAACUUCUUUGGUCUUCUGAACUUUCAAGCACCUUUCCUGCCUUGGGUGCUCAUGGGAUUUUCAUUGUUACUGGGGAACUCCAUUAUAGUGGAUCUUCUAGGUAAAAAUACUAAAUCUGAAAUCAUUAUUUAAUGCAACAUGUAUACUUACAAAUUAACCCAAUAAAGACACCCCAAAUAGAUGCUGAGCUUUAAUCACUACCAUAUUGAUGAUUCAAAGGUAAAUGCUUGUUGUUCACACUUUUUGUGUUUUGCUUAAAUGUUGGAUUUACUUAGUACAGUGAGGAACUAUUUGUGCUCCUUUUUAAAAUGUGCUGGUCAUGAUUUGCAUAACUGAAACAAAACUAUAUAAAUUCUAUAUGUAAUGCUAGCAAAAUUCCUAGCAAUACAGCUGUAUAACAAAUGCCCCCACCCACAUGACACAUUCAUUAUUUGGCAUACAGUCAGCUUAGACCGUUCUGCUGAGAUGUGAACACUAGAGGAGAUGCUUUUCCCCUGCCCCCUGUUAUAGCAACUACAGUACAUGUGCUGUAAUUGAUGUGAUCGGGUAUUUCAGUGAUAUAUUCGACACUUAUCCUGUGUAUUGCUGGCCCGAGUGACCCUUACCUUGUAUUUCUGUAAAGUUUUAUUUUUUAUAUUGUUGACUUUUUGGCACCAUUGUUUUUUCUGUCUACAGACUUGUGAUUUGGUUAUAUUAUAAGAUGGAGUAAUAGAAUAGUGUCAAUUGUUUGUUACUGUGUAAUUGGUAUUACACCCCUUUACCAUAUUUUUGUUUACUUGUUGGGCACCUACUGAAAGCCAUCAACAUAUUUACUAAACCGGUAGAUAUAGACAGAUUUUGAUUUAGUCUCCUCGCUCAUUUUCUGCUUCACUUUAAAUACUUUGUUGUAGCCUUUAAUGUCAUAACUUUUCAUUUCUCCACAUCUCUCUAAAUGUGUUUGAUUUCAUUUAGGUAUUGCAGUUGGGCACAUAUAUUUCUUUUUAGAGGAUGUGUUUCCCAAUCAACCUGGAGGAGGAAGAAUUCUUAAAACCCCUUAUGUAUUGUAAGUAUACGUUUUAAAAACCUUUUUGUGUAAAGCUUGUUAACUUGAGGAAUAAAUAUACAUGUAUGGGAUUUUUAUAUUUUUGUAAAGGCAGUUUUUCAAAAGUGCAGACUAUUGUGAAUGAUUUGCAGACAUUACUAUUUAAAAGGGUUGAAUUAAAUAUCUUGCUUAACUACACACGGAUGCAUUUUCUCAUUUCAUAUUUAGAAGUACAGUGCUAUGGGCUUUGUGUUUGUUUGUUUUUUGUUGUUUUUCUUUACUUGCGCUAUAGCAUCAGCAUAUUUUUCUACUCGUGUCCAAACUAAUUGUUGCGUAUCCAUUAUUGCUUUGCAAGUCAUAUCUUUAGUAAAGUGUAUGUAUUCAACACCUAGAAAAGCUGUCUCAUUGAAACUGCUCUUAAACUUUAGACGCCAUCGAUUCCAAGAACAAUAUGUGACAAACAGAUCCAAGCACAUCUUAUUAUUUGGUAGAUACUAUAUGUACAAACAAUGUUUCAGUCCUGCUUAGGUUUUAUUCAACAUUGUAUAGACAUAAUAUCUAAACACAGAACAGCUUUUUACAAACUACCAUUAAUAUCAUUGUCAUUAUAUUUCCCAUAACAUUCAUUCUACCCAUUCAUUCUGGGAAGAAACUUCACCCACAAUGAUAAUUGAAUCGAUUUUAUUUUUUUGUUCAUGCAUUUUAUAUAUAUCUUGAUACAUUGAUACACUGGACUAAAAUGUGGCUUAUACCUAAUAGUAUCUAUGAAAUACAACUACCUUGAGAAGCAUUUGUGCCUCUUUCUUUACAGCAGUGUUCUGACAAGAAUUUAACUCGUUUCCUUUUGAUAUGUUCCCAAUAAGUGAUACUUGCUAAAAUGUAUUCAUUUAUUUUAUUUUAGAAAAGCAAUAUUUGACACUCAAGAAGAAGACCCAAAUUACAAUCCACUCCCUGAAGAUCGACCUGGAGGAUUUGCGUGGGGUGGAGGUCAAUGA